CACAUUUCAGAUGAUCACUGUAUGGUGAGCUGGUGAUUCAAAAGAAGUCAAAAGAGGAUAAAACAAGAAGCCGAUCCUCAAUUUGUUUCCAGUCUUCACAUGGAGCUGAUAUAUUACUAUUUUCUUCCUAAAAACCUGUCUGGCUUUGUUUGGGUCCGCUGGCGUCUUCCUCUUUAGCGUCUUCAACUCCGGCAUGAGGCUUUCCUUGGAAACUUAGUCGUCUCCCAGAGGUGUUCCUCUGAAAAGGAAGAUUAUUUUUUGAAGGAACACCAGUUUUUGGAUUGAUACAGGGAUCUGGAUCAGUCAGCUUUUGGGACUAAUCCAAGUAUGGGGCUGUGGAUGUUGCCAAAGGUCCUGUGGCCUUUUUGGAAAAUCUAGUUGAGAGGUUUCCUGCUCAGGGGGAAGGCUCAAUAAUGGAGGGUCUUGAAGAACUUGAUAUGGUUGGAAAUAUCAGUCCGGCCCUGGAGGCCACCGAAGACUUUAUUCACUGCUUAGAUACAAUGCCGAGCCAAAGUCAAAGCCAAGGUCAGGCAAACCUGCAGCAUCCCAGACAGCCGAAGCAGCUACAGGAGGUCCCCACUGCCGCCCUGGAGAAGCUGAGCUCCAGUGGUAUGUGGAACCUUGUGGCCAGGGAGCAGCCAGAAGUGGGACCGUUGGGCCUCGCCUGGGCCGAUCACCAGCCGCCCUCAGCCGUCAGUGUGCUGGGUCUGGGUGUGGGUCUGAGACACGGCAAGAGAAGUCGAGCACGCUCCACCAAUGACCUGGCAGCACAUAGCAAAGACUGUACCAACGCAACCGCCAACACCUCGUCCAAAUCUGCUUUCAAGAAGGGACACUCCCGGUCCAGGUCGGAUGUCCACUGCCGUCCUUCUGUCUACACUGACAAUGGCCUUCCCGCCGUGGACAGCAACACACUGAAGAACAUGAUCGCCAACCAUCAGCAAGAGGCUGAUAAAAGCAGCAGCGGCAGCGUGGUGAAGCAGGGCAACAUGGAGCAUCGUGAGGGGCCCCGGGGCCGCUGGGCAUCCUGUCAUGUCGAACUGACACCCUGCGAGCUCCGCCUAUACACACUGGACAGCAGUGCCAACCGCCAGCUCUGGACCGCCUUCUCUCUGUCGCAUUGCCAGAACAUCGUGUGUCCGGCCCCCUGCAGUCAGUCUGGCCAGAUCAGCCAGCCGGCUGACCACCGCACGCUCCAAGCGUUGUUCUUCAACAGCACACAUCUGCAGCUCAGAGCAGCCAGCCAAUGGGAAGCCACGGAGUGGCGACGGCUGAUUUGGGAGAAGGUGCUGACAGCCAGGCCCAUGAGGCAGGAGAAGCACCAGCGGAACUCUGCCUCUGAAAACCCACAGGGAGCCAAGUUUCCCACACCGAUGUCACCUUCCUCUUCACCAUCGCCGUCGGGACUUGACACCAGGCCUGAUGGCGACAGUGACAUGCCCACUUCAGCAGAUUCCUUGAGCCGUGUGCCAAGCAGACCCACCACCCUACCUCUGUUCACCCAACGCUACCACGACAUCCUCAAAGCCGGUCUGCUGUACCAGCUAUUGGAUCAGAACAACUGGCGUUCCUUCACAUUUGUCCUGACCAGAUCAGCUCUGCAGGCUUUCCCUACUGAGGGCCGCGGACCCGUGUCUAAACCUGUUGUCCAGUACCCAUUGACCUCAUGUUUGGCCAUUCACUACAAUGGCGAGUCAGAGAACGAAGAUUCGUGCUUCCAGGCUGCUUUCCCCGAAGAGGUUCUCCGACUUCGAGCGGAGAGCCAGCUGAAGAUGCAGGAAUGGGUUGAGGCUCUGCAGGGUGCGGUGGGAGCACAAAGGCCCCCCCUGGCAGAAGUGGGGGAAUCGGGAGGAGCUCCUCCAGGACUCCAGGGGGUGAUGUUAAGAUCAAGGUUGUCUCGGGAGAGGCGACCGCGGGAGUUCCAGAGAGCCAAACGCCAGUCGGUCACCACAAGUUUUCUCAGCAUUCUCACCUGUCUGGCGGUGGAGAAGGGGCUGACUGCGCAGAGCUUCAGGUGUGCAGGUUGUCAGCGGCCUGUGGGUCUUUCGCGUGGUAAGGCGAAGGUCUGCUGUUACAGUGGCUGGUACUACUGUCAGAGCUGUCAUCAGGAUAACUCCUUCCUCAUCCCAGCACGCCUGCUGCACAACUGGGACACCAACAAGCACAAGGUGUCCAAGCAGGCCAAAGAGUUCCUGGAAUUUGUCUACGAGGAGCCUCUGCUGGACAUCCAGCAGCUGAACCCGUGUCUGUACGAGCACUGUGAGGCUCUGAGCACCGUGUUGCGUCUGCGCCAGCAGCUCCAGUCACUGCGCGCGUACCUGUUCAGCUGCCGAGCAACCGUGGCCGAGGACCUCCGCCGAAGGAUCUUCCCCCGAGAGUACCUGCUGCAGCACGUCCACCUGUACUCCAUGGCCGACCUCCAGCAGGUGAUUGACGGGAAGCUGGCCCCCUUCCUGUCCAAAGUCAUCAAGUUUGCCAGUUCGCACGUCUUCAGCUGCAGUUUGUGUCGAGAGAAAGGUUUCAUCUGCGAGCUCUGCCACAACAGCCAGAUCAUCUACCCCUUCCAGGAGAGCGCCACCAAGAGGUGCGAGGCCUGCGGCGCCGUUUUCCACGCAGAGUGUCGACAGAAAGCUCAGCCGUGUCCACGCUGCGUUCGCCGAGAACUUCACCACAAGCGUCCGUCCUCGUUCUGGUCGCCGGACGACGACAGCCCGGGUUGUUACCAACUGCCGUACCAUGACACCUGAGGGAUGGAGGCGGAGCCUAACGUACGGUCACAAGAAAACAGAUGGAUUCCUGGUAUUUUGUAUUUUUCAUCGCCUUCACGUCCAUCAGCUGGAAACCAACAUGUUUGUUUCUUCUUCAAAAGAAGGUCAGAAGCACAGACCGAACAGUCAACCAAAACCUUCAAACACGAUUGUCCUCAGCCCCAGACGCCAGCCAGCUUCAGGAUUUUAUGUUUUCAUGUGCUUUUAUUUUGAAGUGGCACCAAGAAUGAUUUCAAACACCUUUUCCAGGUUUAAACCUGCUGCAGACUUCGUUUAUUUGUCGCAGGAUUUUUAAAAGGCUGUAAAACGGCUAAAAAUUCUAAAUUAUUUGACUUUGACUAUUUAAUUUAAGAAGUUUUAUGCGGGUUUAUACCAGAUUAUCUUCUUUUGAAAGAGAUGCUAAUUCUAAUGGUUAAAAAUUGAUUGGGUUCACAAGCACAGCGUUAAACGCGGGUUUACAACGUCUCAACGGUCACAGCCUUCAAAGAGUACAUGCAGUAAGACUGUGUGACUGUAGGACACGCAACAACUUCAAGCUAGCAUCUGUUACGCUGUUCAAAUGACGGCCCCUACUGGUCAAAUGGGUUGAGCGGCUCCAAGCGGGAUAUAAACGAGCUAACUUGAAGAUAACCAGUAUUUCACUGAACCAUGACGUCAUCAGUUUGAAGAUGUGUGUCAGAGUUCUGAGUAACUGUGAUAUUUUAUUUUCUGCCCUACAGACUAAAUCAUUAAUUGUAAAAAUAACCAACAGUUUAAUAGAUGAUGAAUUUUU